ACAACCAGCUCCUUUCUUAAUACUUUAGCCGCUUUGACUUACGGACUUUUGUGAAGAGAACGGUCCUGAAAGGUCAGCUUUCAGAAAAAAGCUUUUGACUUCUGCCAUUUGAUGCUACUUAUCAUACAAUAUCAACGGCGUUUCCCUUUCUGUUGAUGUAACUUUAAUUAAAGGGUGAGCGUGUUGUGUGCGCGUCACGUGUUCGUGUCUGCCGGUGACGCGCAUGUGUAUGUGAAGCGCGUGCCUGUCAAACAUUCAUUGUGUCCGUGGCAGACGGGCUGGGACGCCAGAGUAUUCAAUGAACUAAGACAUGCUGCGUCUCCGCUGCAAAGCCAAGAAUGGGACUCACCUCAUGCAGGGGCUGACAACCUUAUCUUGUGUACAUGAACUGAAGGACAAGGUAGCAGAGCUGACGGGUAUUCCUUGUGAAGUGCAGAAGAUCAUGGUGGGCUUUCCACCAUCCAGCCUAGAUCUCAGCAAUGGAGAUGCCUACCUCCGGGAUUUCCCAAUUAAGUCAGGGGACACACUGAUUGUCGAAGAGGAGAAAAAUAAAAUGACAUCACAUAACGUUGGAGACUCGAAAACUUCUGGCAUCCAGGUGAAUGACUCCUCUCCUGUCCUUGCUAGACGUGUGGUUCCUGCAGAUAACUCCUGUUUGUUUACCAGCAUUUUCUAUGUAGUGGAAGGAGGUGUUUAUGAUCCAACCUGUGCACCAGAAUUGCGGAAUCUUAUUGCACAAAUAGUGGCCAAUGACCCCCGAUCAUAUUCUGAGGCAGUGCUGGGAAAAUCAAAUAGAGAUUACUGUACUUGGAUCCGACGUGAUGACACUUGGGGAGGGGCAAUAGAGAUUUCAAUAUUGUCCAAGUUUUAUCAGUGUGAAAUCUGUGUGGUGGACACUCAGACACUCAGGGUGGACCGGUUUGGAGAAGAUGUAGGAUAUACCAAGAGAGUCCUACUAAUAUAUGAUGGGAUUCAUUAUGAUCCCCUACAAAAAGUGAUUGCAGGGUCAGAUGCUCCACCACAAACGAUCUUUUCAACUAAUGAUGAUAUCAUCCUUGUACAAGCAUUAGAACUGGCAGAUGAAGCCAGAAAGAAGCGUCAGUUUACUGAUGUGCAACGCUUCUCUCUCCGCUGCAUGGUGUGUCAGAAAGGUUUGGUUGGACAGUCUGAAGCUCGUGAACAUGCAAAGGAGACAGGACAUUCUAACUUUGGAGAAGUGUAAUGUUCAGCUGCUGUGAGACACGUUCUACCUCACAGGCCCACUUUUUACCAUGGGGCUGCUGAUACUAAGCUAAUUUCGUCUUUACAGUAUUAAAAAAAAAAAGAAAUGGAAGCUGGUUCUAGAUCACAGGUUUCCAAACUAGUUCCAUUAUGUUUAUUAAAGGUACACAUGUUCUACUGUUACACAUUAAAAUGGAAAAAACAUAAAAUCAGGGAGGUCAUUUACGACAGUUCUGUAGCAGAGUGAGCGUGUAAUCAGAGAAGUACAUGUUUUCCGUAGUUUAAAUUAUUUUAUCGGUAUAUCCUCAUUUAUGUAGCUUUUAAUGAAAAAGGAAGACCUACAUCAGCUGAGCUGUGAAAGGAAAAAAAUGAAUGCUGUAUUGUAUAUCUGGAUUUUAACAAGCUGGAAUUUUCAUAUUGCAGAUCAGAGGAGUUGGACUAGUGUCCUGAGCCUUACUGAAGCACUACUUAAAGCUAGGGGUAUCCUAUUUUUCUGGCUGUUAUUUUUCACUCAGAACAUAUUUGACUGAGUAAAUUGAACAAAAGGAAAAUAAUUUAUUGAUGAAAUUAGCACUUCAAACAGUAAGGAUUGCUGAUCAAAGAUAUGUAUUAAUUGGAAAUAAAGAAUAACGUUGAUGAGUUUGUCACAUGCAAGAGGACUUCAUUUUUUUUUCUUCCUUUCAGAAUUAUUGCAAUAUUAGUAAGACUUGAUUAGCAUUAACUGGGAACUGACAGACCUAAUUGGAUAAAAAGACAACACUAAAAAUGCAAAUAUGCAUCUGCACCUACUUUCUUUUCUGCAUUCUAUAGGCACAUUACUGUGCCUUGAGAAAGUAUUGAGCAGCCUAUAUUUUGUACUUAUUUCUUGUUGUCUUGUACGCCAAAUUUUAAAAUGAAUUGUUUUCUUUCCUUAGUGAUGUAUAAAGCUUUGCCCACCAUGCUAAAGCUGGAAAUGUCAAAAAGAUAUAAAAUGGAGAUUUUUCUUAUAAAAGGAUGCCAGAGUUUGCUUGGCAAUCUGUUAUCUCUGCAGGGGAGAAAUGCUUGUGAUGAGCUUCACCUCUGUGGGAGUUAGUAGAGCACCUGCUUUAUGUUAUUAAUGUAAGAGGAUAAAUUCCUGCCUGUGUUGACGUGUUAUUAAUGUAAGAGGAUAAAUUCCUGCCUGUGUUGAAGUCCCACAGUAUUGUAACAACUUUUAAAGAAACACUCACAAAGAUGCAAGAGUAUUAUAAGCAAGUCGUAUCUUUUUAUGGACAGGGCAAAAAUGUGUGGGGUGCAAACCAUUGUAUCAACAUUAAACAUCCUUCAGAGUUAAUCACUGUAGAGGGACGAGCUGAUUUAGGCAAAUUUGGUUGGAAGACAGCAAGGGCAUUUGAUGCAAAACCAGGUUUUAUUGUAGAAAUGUGUGUAUACAGCAUCAGCAGUCUAUUGCACAUAAUGGCAAGGAAGAAGUCUUGGCUGAACAAGUACUGUAGCCUCAUAAUUGUGCCCUAAGUAAUUGCAGAACACCACCUAAAAGAUAUUGCAGAUAAUUGGUGAAAAGUGUUAUCUUUUGGGGUGAUUCCCUUACAAUAAAGUGUGGUGGUAACAGCAUGUUUGGGUAUGGUUUUCAGCAGCAGUAGUAGUAGUUGUUGGGUUUGAGGAAAAGGUAAAAGUAGAGAGAGAUUAAACCGUGCGUGCCACUGACAGAACACUAAAUUUCAGAAAGACAAUUAUCCCAAGGACUCAGCCUAAGUUGAAAUGCAGAGGCUCAAAAUAAAUAAAUACUAGAUGACUUUGACCGGCCCUGGCAGAGGUUUGCAUAUAAUGAUCGUGGUACCUUAGCUAACAUGACAUGGCUAAAGCAAUUUUAGAAGUAAAAAUUGGCAAGUAUUGCUCCAUCAAAAUGUGCAAAGUUCAAGUUACUUUCUGAAAGAUUACAGGAUUUUUUCAUACCAUGCGGAGAGAGUUGAAAAAGUAUUGCAGUUUUUAAAAUCAUGUUUGCUGUAUUCUUUCUUCAUCAGAGGAAUUUUUGCAAAAGAUUAAUGUGCCAUUCUUACACAGUAUAUUACUCCCAAGAGGUGAUACUGUUAAAUGUGAGAAAGAGAUAAGUGCUGACUUUAAGGCAGUUUGUCUCUGUGCACAUCUACAGCCACCUUAAUAAAAAGAUAAGUAUCUGUCCGCAAGUCCAUCUGGUUGCUUUGUGUCUAUCAUUUCAAGAGAUGGUGCAUCACAAACAUUUUCAUAAAGUGCAUUGAAUUUGACAUUCCAAUAGAUGGCACAUCAGAAACAUUAACACUGCUUUUAUGAAUCAAAUGCCAAAUAAUACAAACAUCUGCAUUACAUGUUGCACUGCAAAUGAGGUCUGCAUUCAUUAUUUACAUUUCAAGUUGACGUAGACAAGGUAGCAGAGUUCGCUAUGAUGAAAUCAAUAUAUAGUUUAACUUUUUGAAGUCUCUUUUAUUUUCCUUAAUAAUAUACUGAAUUCUCAUUGAUGUGAAUUGAUGUUUAUAUUGUAGUUUCCUUUUUUGAAAACCAGGCAGCACUUUUUUUGCCACAAGCCAGCUGGCGAUCUUACAAGGAUUUUCACUUCACUCUCUACUAAGCAUACAAAUGCCUCGGCAGAUGCAUUACUUACAUUGCUGUCUGUGUUUCAGGUAUCUAUUCUGUUCUUGCACAUGGUGGAACUAUUUUAUGGUUUUAAAGUGGUAGUUUUGCAGUACCAACACAUGCAACAUAUUUCUAAGGAAGAAACCGCUUAAUAAACAGUAUAGUGGCCAAGGUGCUCUUUAGGUUUUGGGACACAUCGCUGAUGACACCUCAUUCUUGCAGUUAAGAGACUGAAGUGUAUGCAGUGUUGAGAAGGUAGUUAAAAAGAGCAAGUCUGAGAUCACCAUGUAAGACCACAAGAUACAAGAGAAACUGCUUUACAUGAAAAUCUAUCCUCAGACUUCAAAGUUUGGAGUCUGUUAUUUUUGUUACAAAUCUAAUGAAGUAAAUUGGUAACUGUAUUUUAAGUCUAAUUUGAAUAGCUUAGCAACUAACAUUUCACCUCAUGAUUUGAUUUCCAUUGAUGCAGAACAUAAGAUAUUUAGCCCACAUCUAACUUGAGUCAUAAUUGGAUUGAACAUCCUUGGGUUUAAGAUCCUGUGCAUUAGCAAACAUACUGCCCAUACAUGUUGCCCUCUGGUGUUCAAGAACUUGUGGGUUUUAAUAAAUAUUCUCCACCUCCUUAUGUUUAAAAUAUCGCAUUUACAGGCGUUUUUUGGAACCAUUUUUUCCGAUAAUUUUUGUGUUUUUAAUUAUGUCUGUAUGGUCCUUGGCAUAGUUGGGCUUAUCCAGUAAAUAAUAGUAGAAACAGAAAUCUUAACGUUGUUUUUGCAAAAUCAGCACUCCCACUCCUCCUCACCACUGCUUAUACAAACAGCUCUGUUCUGAUUCAUGUUGAUUGGCUGCAUAUCGAACUAACAGGUAACCAGUCUAAUUUGUAAACUGUUUUAUAAGUGUAGAAAGAUUUUUAGGACUGCACUGGCAUUUGAGGGUAGCAUUGCCUUCUGAUUAAGAAACUAGGUGGUACAAAAACACCAGGUAUGAAAGGCAGUAUUGUUAGCCAUUUUAACCAUGUAAAAUAAAGAUUGGGUGCAACUUUAAAAUUGGCCCAAGUGUUUCAUGUGGGACAGCCGCUCUACACCAGUGAAAUUGAAAAGGCUGUUUUUUAUACAUUGAAACAUUUAAUCUUUUUAUCUUGUACAUUAGAUACUGAUUUUAGUAAAACACUCUACUAUAGUGUCCUACUUCAGAAUAUAAAAAAUACCUGGGCUUUUGCUUGCAUUAAGUCUGGUGUGUAUCUAGGAGUCGUUCUCUUGGCAGUUCAUAAUGGGCGAUUUUAGUUCUGUCUCAGAACUCACCGGACUCCUUUUUAUUUUAAUUCACCAUGGAAUUUGUCAUGCGGACAAUGUCAACAUUUGUACCUCAUGUAUAGCCCUGGUUUAUGUGGAAGCUGGUGGUAAAUUCUUAUUAACUCUUUGAGGACUGAAUUUUCUUUCCAAAAAACAGCAUUUCUGAAAAGCAAUGGUUUCGCACAGAAAUCAAGAUAAAACGUCUGUUGCUGCAUGCUGUGGCUGCCAAUUUGCCAACAAUGUGCGUCAGGCUUGCUGCCAGGCUGUUUUCGUGUGGCUGGGGAGGCAGCAGCAGUGGUCACAGUUCCAGUGCAUUGCAAUUUGGUUUGACCUCUUAUCAUUGUUAAGUGGCAGUCCUCCCUGGCAAACAUUGCCAUAGGCGCAUCAGCUACAUGAACCUGUUCAGCACCACAAAUAGCUGGGGACCAGUCAGCUGAAGCUGGAACCUCACAUUCGUUUCCUAUCACUUGUAUCAAAAUCGGAGUCCGACAAGUCGUAGUCCAGUUUAGAGAUAAUAGGCAAAAUGUCGUCCACAGAGUAUAUUGCUUUACGCAUUUGCUUUGAUCUCUUGCCAGAUAUCAGUGCCAUUGUUUGCAUCUUACUACUCGCGCAAGUGCAGGAAAUCUCGGUCAAACCAGUGAAGCUAACUUUCCUUCUAGCAACAGGAGUCCAACUAAAACCUAACGGUUUUGUCACAGUUUACAGUUGAUUACUAUCAUCAAUGCUACCUUUUGACAAAAGUCAACAUCAGCCCUGAAAGAGUUAAGGUUUUAUGAAAAAAUAAAUGUUGGCCCAUCACAGGACAUGCCCCUGAAUGAUUACAGCCACACAGUUUCAGGUGGUUAUAUGUUACAUUACAGUAAUCCCUCACCUGUCGCGGGGGUUACGUUCCAGAGCCCCCUGCGAUAGGUGAAAAUCCGCGAAGUAGCGACCUAUAUUUAUUUUAUUAUUUAUACAUAUUUUAAGGCUUUAGAAACCCUUCCCACACUCUUAUAAACCUUUCUCACUCUCUUGUUAACCUUUCCCAUACUCUUAUAAACACUUCCUAUGCUCUUAAACACUUUCUACAUUCUUAAACACCGCAGACCAACACUGCACGCAGCGAUCAGACGUUGAUGUGUCUGCACUCGCUUUGUGAAGGGGGGCAGCUGAACUCACGCUGAGCAGAAAUGGACUUUGUGCUGCUUUUGCCAAAAUGCCUGCUUGUCGCUCUGCGUUCGGAAGGAGGAGGAGUGUGUGUGUGGUUUUGUGAGGGCUGAACGCACCCGUUCGCUCAAACCCCCCUCCCCGGAGGCACAGUUCGCAUUGUCAAGGGGGUGGGGAGCUGAAUGAACGCUAAGGAGAAGUGGACUUUGUGCUGGCUUUGUGCUGCUUGUCGUUCUGCGUGUCAAUAAUUUAAAAGCCUGUAUAUCACCAAUUUUCCUGUCUCACUGUCUUGUCUUGCGUGAAGUUAAAAUGUUUUAUAAUAGUGAGAUGUUACUCAUAUCCUUAGCCCGACAUCCACAUAUCAUAUGUGUUAACAAAGUGUGUUUUAUAAGUUUACAUGUGUUUAAAGCAUGUGGGAUGGGUAUUUUAGGGCUUAAACUAUAAAAAUGUUUAUUUAUAUGGUCUUUCUAUAUCGCGGAUUUUCUCCUGUUGCUGAUGGGUCUGGAACAUAACUUCCGCGAUAGGCGGGCAAUCACUUGUAUUUAACAACCCGCAAAGUCGUGAAUCCGCGAAAAGUGAACCACGAAGUAGCGAGGGAUUACUGUACAUGUGAAUCUUUUUAUGCAAAAAAAAAAAAAAAAACUGAUUCAGUACACACAUUGAUAUAUAAA